AAAAUGGGUGGCGCCAAAGCUUGACAACAAAGCGGCUGUUUGCUGCAACGGCCAGUCAGUCUCCGAGUAAACAAAAUUUUGUCUAUGUUUAACUUUUGCGUCCACAAGUAGGUUAUGAAGUAUUUCGUGGUUUGAAAACAAGAAGUUGAAAAGUUUCCAUCACAGCGGUCAAAUGUCACCAUGGCUUCGAAGACAGACCAACUUCUUAUCGUUGUGUCCAUCCUGGAAGGUCGUCACUUCCCGAAGAGUCCCCGGCUCAGUCUGGUGGUCCAGGCGAGCUUUGAUGGCGAGCAGCUAGCCACAGACCCAGUAGACCAUAGAGAUCAGCCACAGUUCAACACUGAGCUGGCCUGGGAGCUUGACCGCAGGACGCUGCACCAGCACAGGCUGCAGAGAACUCCCAUCAAGCUUCAGUGUUUUGCUGUUGACUCUGUGAGCAAGAAGAGAGAGAGUGUCGGUUACAUCGUCCUAGACCUUCGAUCUGUACAAGAGGUCAAACAGGAGCCCCGCUGGUAUCCAUUGCUGAGCAGUAAAUACACCAAACAGAGACCAGCUCUCCUCCUCAGUGUGGCAUUGGAGAAUGACACCAAGCCCUCCGAACCCUCUCCUGACCGGUUCAAAGCCAAGAAGGCCCCACCCCGUCAAGGUUCUCCUGCAGUAACUGACCUUCUCCCAGACAAACUGGAGGCUGUACUGAUCCCAGACCAGGGUUACCACCAAGUUGGACCUGCAGAUCACUGCUCUGAUGUGUUCGUACUGUCUGUCACCGUGGCCUUUGCUACCAAACUAGAACAGUUGAUUCCCAGCACAAUGAAACUGUCAGCUGAGGGGUCAGAGUUCUUCUUCUACUACUCCUUACUGGGAAACGACAUCACUAGUGAGCCUUUCCACAACCUGCUGAGCCCUGACUUCGAGCCAGAGCGCGCUUCUGUGCGCAUCCGCAGCAGCAUGCGCAUCCUCCAGACCUUCCUGUCUCAGCAGCCCAGUUUACAGAUCCACUUGUGCUGUGGGAAUCACUCGCUGGGCAGCACAGACGUUUCUCUCUCAGCUCUGUGUGCAGUUUCAGUGGAUCUCGAGAACAAGGCAGCGACUGUGGAGGGAGCAUUUGUACUCCAACCUCCGAAACGCAUCAAACAGACGCUGCCGGCUCUGCCCCCCGAUCUGCAGCCCACUGUAGGAGUGUCUGUGACCCUGAGGAAGGAGGAGGUCACACCACAGUCUUCCAAGAAUAAAGAAGGAAGUGGAGCUCAGACACACUCCCACACUCCUCCCGUUCCUGUUCCCCCUGCUGAGCAGAGACCACAAAGCUCCUCUCCAGUGCAAAAACCUCCUGAUUUUGCUCCUCCUGGCCCUCCUCUUCCUCCUCCUUCCUCUCAUACAGAGAGUGAAGCAGAGAGUCUGCUGGAAGAGCUUCAACAUGGCAAACAGCAGGCAGGGCUGGCAGCUGUAGAUUUAGAAAUUCCUGUGCAGCAGCAAAGUCAGACUGAAGCUACAGCAGGGGGUGGAGCAUCAUCUGUCAGUGUCUCUGCUCCCAAAGUGUCCAUCCCCUCCUUCGCCCAUCACUACUGCUUCUCUCUGGACCUCCGCAGCCUUGGAAGCCUCAGGCUGGCACACCCUGUUGCUGCUACACUCAGGUAUUCGUAUCAGUUCUUUGGCAGUCCAGCUCCCAUCAUGACCAACCCACCUGUGGAGCUGCAGAGGAACAUGGAGGCAUCUCUGCCUCAGUCCUACUGCGCUUUCGACUUUGCUGCUCUGCCACAGCAGCUACAGGACACCUUCCUCAGAAUUCCUCUGGUGGUGGAAGUUUGGCACAGAGACUCCACCAGCAGAGACCAGCUGAUAGGACGAGCCUCCAUCCAGCUGUCUCACCUGCUGAGCUCUGAGAGGAGAACAUUUCUGGCAUCAACAGGAGAGCAGUGCUGGAGACAAACUCACCAGGACCGGAUCCCUGUGGUCAAAACUCACCACCACAGUGAAAAGGUAGCAGAACUGAGCUAUGUGGCAACACUGGAGGAUCUGGGAUUGGUUAAAGCCACAGAAAUCAUCGUGUCCGAAUCUUCACAGAAUGAACCUGCAGUCCCCACACAGCUGACUUCCCAUCCUGCAGUGCCCAGACCUGCUGCUCCCACAGCUCCAACCGGCCCCAGAGACACCCUGGAGUACCGCACGGCCAUGGAGCUGGAGCUGUGGAAGGAGGAGCAGGAGGACCUGUUUGAUGACCAGUUAAGGAAGAAGGAGCUGAGCCACAUGCAGGCUCUGGCAGAGGAGUGGAGGAGGAGAGACAGAGAGAGGGAAGCUCUGGUGAAGAAGAAGGAGAUGGAGUAUAAUGUGCUGGAGGAGCAGCUCCAGAAGACUCUGUCUGAUCUGGAGAAAAGAGAGAAACAGCUGGCUCAGGCUGAGCUGGAGACUCAGCGGCUGCACAGGGAGAUGAGGGCAGAGCACGAUCUGGCUCAGAGGGAGAUGAAGGCGGAGCACGAUCUGGCCCAGAGGGAUCUGCAGGAGAGCCGCAGGAGGCUGCAGCAGGAGUGUGACCACCGGGUGGCGCUGGAGAGAGACAAAGUCCGACUGCUGGAGGAGGAACGAGCCCGUCUGCUGCAGCAGAUUGCAGAUGGGGACUCUCGCUAUAAGCAGCUGGAGAAAGAGUUUCAGCUCUACAGAGAACAACAGAACAUCAGACCUGAGUUCAGACUGCAGUCAGAGAUUAACUUACUGACUCUAGAGAAGGUGGAGCUGGAAAGGAAGCUGGAGUCCACCACCAAGUCCAAGCUGCACUACAAGCAGCAGUGGGGGCGUGCCUUAAAAGAACUGGCCAGGUUCAAACAGCGGGAGCAGGAAAACGCAAUGACGCGUCUGAAGAAGCAGCAGGCGGAGCUUGAGGCCAUGAGGCUGCGUUACCUAGCAACAGAGCAGAAGGAGGCGGUCCAGAAAGACAAGCAGGAACUCGAUGACAUCAGGAACGAACUCAACAGAUUAAAGCAGCAGGAGGAGGACCGAUUAGGCCCCACCUCGUCCCUGGUUGGGCCCGCUCCGUCUCAGAGUGUGAAUGAGAGCGCUGAUGAACACCUGAGCCGCCUUUUAGAGGAGAGAGACACUCUGCUUCGGACCGGAGUGUACACCCAUGAUGACCGAAUCAUCGCUGAGCUCAGCAGACAGAUACAGGAUGCCAUGAGGGAUAGAGGGAAUCUCUGACAACUGCUGUAACUGACCAAUCAGAGACAGAGCCACACCUGAGACUGCAGGUAAACCAGUUUGUAACACAGGACGUCAGCUGAGCUUUGAGGAGGAGAUUGCCUUAAAUCCAAGACACAGAAAGUAGCAGUUUAACUUCUUUAAUUACUUCAGCAUGCCUGACACACAUUCAUGUCCAAGUAGAAAUGAGACUCCUGCACUGAUAUAUAAAACACAAGUACUUAUUCAGGUAUAUUUCUGUCAUAAAUGAGGAAAAUUAAGUGGGAUGUGAUUGAACUCUUAUCGUGAUGCACAUUCAUGGAAGGAAAUAUUAGAUUUAUUGUAUUAAUGUAUGAUUCAAUCAGCUGUUCAACCCUGCCGUGCUAGAUUCUGACUGUUGUUUGUUUGCUUGUUUGUGGAUUUCUGCAUCUCAUAUAUUGUGUGCUGAAGGAGAUUACAGGUGUGAGUUUCUUCUUUUGCUGAGCAAAUCAGAUGUUCACGUGUUUAUAUUAAUGUUGUUUUACAUUUGUGUGCUGUCAUGUGGGACAACAUCCGCAAUCCUGUCUUGUGUAGAAAUGACUAAAGUUUAUCCAGUUUGGAGAGUAGCAACUAUAACAGGAACCAGUUACUGUAUGUGUGGACUUUUGAGUAUUAUAUUACAAUGUGAAACUUUUCUUUAAAGGAUCACUAGGACCACUAGUUACGCAUGUCUGAAUGUUACACAAACGGCCUGACAAUUUGAUCACUGUCAACUAUUUUGCUGUGAUACCAUACCUUUUUGAUUUUCUAAUUUUCAGAGAAUGCCUUCAGGCCAUUUUGUGAGCGCUCUUCAUGUUCAUGAGUCAUCUUCACGAUGUUCACUGGAGCUGAAAGGAUUAGUCGAUUUAUCAGUUUGAUGGCUGUCAGAACCUUAAUUAAUGUUAAAAUAAUUGUUAAUCAGUUGAAAUUUUUUUCAACUGAUUUUUUUUCUUUUU